GAGAGAGAGAGAGAGAGGAGAAGGAGAGGAGAGGUGAGGUGAGGUGAGGAGAGGAGAGGAGAGGAAGAGUGAGGGAGAGGAGAGAUACAGACCAAAAGGCAGAAAGGUAAAGAGUGCAAGGCUGAAUAAGGUGAGCAUGCAACAAGGAGACCACUGUGUAUUGUUUAAUGAGAAUGAAGAGGAGAACGCAACUGCUUCGGUUUUACAAAGGUUUCCAACCAGCACAACCUCACACUAGCUCCUUGGGUGUCCGCCUGGCAGGCUGCUUCUCACACUUACAACUCAGACAAUUCAGUGAGAGAGAAAGGGAACUGACGUGGAAGAAGGUUGGGCGAACCUGAAAAAAAAGAGGGCUGGGUAGAGCUGUGCAGGAUGCCUGAGCAGAAAGUUAGCCUUCCUGCUAAGCUGAUUAAUGGAGGCGUGGCAGGGUUAGUGGGGGUGACGUGUGUGUUUCCGAUUGAUCUAGCCAAGACCCGGCUCCAGAAUCAGCAGGGUGCUCGUGUCUAUAGUGGGAUGCUGGACUGUUUGACUAAGACGGUUAGAAUGGAGGGCUACUUUGGCAUGUACCGAGGUGCUGCGGUGAACCUCACCCUUGUCACUCCAGAGAAAGCCAUCAAGCUUGCAUCCAAUGACAUCUUCAGACAGUACCUCUCCCACGAUGGGAAGCUGCCCUUGUGGGGGGAGAUCUUAGCAGGCUGUGGGGCUGGGACCUGUCAGGUGGUGGUCACCACUCCCAUGGAGAUGUUAAAAAUCCAGCUGCAGGAUGCGGGCAGGUUGGUUGCCCAGAGGUCAGACCCAGUUUCAGCCUCAGCUCCUGCCCCAACAGGGUCUCAGGCAGUCCAGCCAGGCCACACCACCACGUACCGGCCAUCGGGUUUGAGCAUCACCCUGGAGCUGCUGAGAACAAAGGGCUUUAAGGGCCUCUACAGGGGCAUCGGAGCCACCCUGCUCAGGGACAUACCGUUCUCCAUGAUCUACUUCCCACUGUUCGCCAAACUCAAUGCAGUGGGUCGGAAAGGAGAUCUCCAUGGCAACCUACGGGACCGGGCCUCCUUCCUGCAGUCUUUCAUGGCAGGCUGUGCUGCUGGUUCGGUGGCAGCUGUGACGGUCACUCCACUGGAUGUCAUAAAGACUCGAAUUCAGACCCUGCAGAAGGGCGUGGGAGAAGAUUCAUACCGGGGAAUUAUUGACUGCACACGACGCAUUCUGAGUCGAGAGGGACUGCUGGCCUUCCUCAAAGGGGCGACGUGUCGAGCGCUGGUCAUUGCCCCGCUCUUUGGCAUCGCCCAGGGCGUGUACUUCCUGGGCAUCGGGGAGCACGUGAUGGAGCUGCUGGGAUAGAGGUGGCGAUAGAAGCGGAGUCUCAUUGUCAGACACAAGCACACACUGCCUUUUCUGCAAAUGAAGAGGGGUGCUGAUGGGAGAGGCUUAGGUGUGGCAAAGGUGUAUGUGCUUAAAAAAGAGAGACAUCCACUUAUUUAUCCAAAGGAGACAAGGAAGACAGUGGAGAGGGAGGAGCAGUGGUUACUGCUAACAUAAAUAGCAAUGUUGCACACUAAUCAUGUUUCUCUAACGUUCUAAGCUAUAAAGCUAUAAACAGGGUUUGUUUUGAUAUGACAACCACGAAAACUACUUUGAUGUAUGUUCUACUGUAUACCAGUGUGGAUAGGUUAAUGUAAAAAGAUUGCUAGGUAGUCAACAAAACCUCAGCCUUCCAAAGCGGAAAGGGCAGAAAACUGAAGACUGCAGAAAACCAAUCCGCUCUGCACCUUAUACAAGCAUGCAAGAGGUUCUUUUAAUCUACAUAAUCUGUUAUUUCUUUAGUUUAUCUGUAUGCUGUAGGCUCACAGAUUCCUGACCCUGAGUAGACGGUCUUCCAGUCACUCCCAGUCCGCGUCCUCAAGGAGUCCUGUCACCCCACAGAUUAAUGCACAACCACCUACUCCUCCUCUAGGACAUCUGCCAGCCUGAAAAAGUUGCGAUUCAGCCCUCAUUCAACGCACAAGGCUCCGGGUAGCCUUGAUUUGGUAGAUCAGGCUGUUAUAUAAUAGUAUUAAAAUCUGCAAGAGCACUGUGGCCUCUCGGAGAAUGAGGUUGGGCAAGGUCCUGGUUUAGUGCCUUCCACAUAAGAAUUAACUCACAAAGGACUUAGAUCAGAUGGGCUGGAAUAGGAAGCACAGAACUGUGCAAUGCAUGCAAAGGACAGGGCCAUGUUCACUGGAUAUGUGCAACAGCUUAUUCUUUGGGCUUAUUUUUUUAAAUAUUGCUCUAAACAAACUUUUGUGCACAUAAAACACUUAAUGCAAUGAAGCCUUAUUAUGAACACACCCUAAAUGAGACACAAGACCUGUUAGAGAAUAAUAUUAGAGACAUCUUAUUUGAUGUUUUCUCCAUUUGUUUUAUACAGAAGCCUUAUUUCCAUGUUAAUAGCAAGGGCUUUGAAAGCACAAUUAUUGAAACAACAUAAUUUGAAAGCUCUACACCUUAUAACACCAAAAACUGUUCUAUCACAACCACAAUUUCUGGGUGUUUUUCAAAGAAACCUUUUGCAAGAUGACACUUAAAAUGCUUCUGAGAACGUACCUGACACACUGAGAAUUUUGAUUUCCAUGUGGUCAAACUAAAUUUAUACAUCUCAAAAUGAACUUUCGUAAAAUAUUGAGACACCCUAAUAUGGUAUUAUUGCAAUAUAAUCUUUUUUUUAACAUUAUAUUACCACAGUUAAUCCUGUAAAUAGCUAUGCAUAUAUGUAUUUCAUGGUGGACAGUCUCAACAAAGGAAGACAGAUGUACUAAUGUGAACACACAAUCAAUCAAAUUCUGCCUACAAAGAUAUUAAGAUGGGGAAAAGGUGCCCCCUUGUGGCUAAUGUAAGGCUGGGUGUUCAUGACUAGCAGAUACAUCUUCCAUUGAAAAUUCAGGGAAUUCUAGAUCAAGUUUGAGCUCAUUAUACAUAAAAAAACAAAACAGAAAACAUACAAGGUGAUGACAAUGACAUGCUUCGUGAGAACUGAACAUUGUUGAGAACUGAAGCACAGAAUUCUGUCCACAAAGGGCAACAUUUUUCACUAUGACCCCCCCACCCAUUUACUCCGUUCUCAAGGACAACGUUUCUUAAUAAAGUCCACAUUUUUUAGUG